AUGGCAUUUAGAAGGACAGAGGGAAUGUCCAUCAUCCAGGCCUUGGCAAUGACCGUGGCGGAGAUCCCUGUGUUUUCUGUCUUCUCUCAGCUGCGGCUCUCUCCAGGCCUGCGUAAGGUGCUGUUUGCUACAGCUCUUGGGACAGUUGCGUUGGCUCUUGCAGCUCAUCAGCUGAAGCGUCGUCGUCGUCGAAAGAAGCAGAUCGCUCCCGAGAAGUGUGACUUUAAGCCUGGAGGGAUCACAGUGCCCAUCCUGACAAGCAGAAGGGUCUCAUCCGUGAAGAAAGGAUACUCCAGCAAGAGAGUCCAGAGUCCUGGCAGCAAGAGCAAUGACACGCUUAGCGGGAUUUCCUCCAUCGAGCCCAGCAAACAUUCCAGUUCCUCCCACAGCCUCGGCUCGAUGGUAGCAGUCAACUCUUCGAGUCCAAUACCAGGAUCUGCAGGGAUGUGGGACGCCCAGGCAAUGGGGGAUGCUGGAGCUCUUGGUGAUUCCAGUGCAGAGAGCCUCUACAUUCAGGGCAUGGAGCUGUUUGAGGAAGCUCUGCAGAAGUGGGAGCAGGCGCUGACCAUCAGACAGAGGGACAGUGCUAGUACCAGCACGCCCAUACCCUGGGACAGCAAGAAACAGCAAGAGAGCAUAUCUGAGAACAUCCCAGAGGAGGAGUCCCAGAAAAGGGAGUUUGCCGAGAAGCUGGAGUCCCUCUUGCACCGAGCUUACCACCUCCAGGAAGAGUUUGGGUCUUCGCUUCCAUCUGACAGCAUGCUGCUGGAUCUGGAGAAGACCUUAAUGCUUCCAUUGACGGAUGGGUCAUUGCGGCUUCGGACGGAUGAUGAAGACAGCUCAAUUUCUGAGGACUCUUUCUUCUCUGCAGCAGAGCUAUUUGACUCUCUCCACUUUGAGGAAAUACCAUUCCACCUCUCUAAGCCAGUAGCGGCAUAUGAAGAAGCUCUGCAGUUAGUGAAAGAAGGGAAAGUUGCGUGCCGGACGCUGAGGACAGAGCUCCUUGGCUGCUACAGCGACCAGGAUUUCCUUGCGAAGCUGCACUGUGUCAGGCAGGCCUUCCAGGAGCUGCUGGAGGAUGAAAGCAAUCAACUGUUUUUUGGGGAGGUUGGGAAGCAAAUGGUGAUAGGACUGAUGACAAAAGCUGAAAAGAAUCCCAAAGCUUUUCUGGAAAGCUACGAGGAGAUGCUACAUUAUGCACUGAAGCCAGAGACGUGGCCAACUACUCAGCAGGAGCUGGAGGGAAGAGGGGUGGUCUGCAUGAGCUUCUUUGAUAUUGUGCUGGACUUCAUCCUCAUGGAUGCUUUUGAGGAUCUGGAGAACCCGCCCUCCUCCGUGCUGGCUGUGCUGCGUAACCGAUGGCUCUCCGACAGCUUCAAGGAGACGGCGUUAGCAACGGCCUGCUGGUCAGUUCUGAAAGCAAAAAGGAGGCUUCUGAUGGUACCAGAUGGCUUUAUCUCUCAUUUCUACUCCGUAUCGGAGCAUGUCAGUCCUGUUCUAGCCUUUGGUUUUCUGGGGCCCAAGCAGCAGCUAUCUGAAGUCUGCGGUUUCUUCAAGCAUCAGAUAGUACAAUAUCUGAAGGACAUGUUUGAUUUUGACAAUGUGAGAUACACAACAGUGCAUUCGCUGGCAGAAGACAUUUUGCAGCUGUCACGGCGGCGCAGUGAGAUCCUCUUGGGAUAUCUGGGCACUGAGACUUCUCCCGAGAUGAACGGCACGCUUCCUGGCGAAAAUGAGCCACUGAAGGAGCUCAUCUGA